AGACCAAAUUCAACUUCCUUAAUCUAACGUGCCUACAACAACGUUCUACACCAUACACCACAGUAAAGCUCCAAUCUUGAAAACUGACCGUCAGUAACCUCUCUGUUAGAUCAGCUAAUCACCUCUAUUUAUAAUUCGACAUAUAUACCAUGGCAACCACCAAUUCUACAACCACCGCCACCAAGCCCAGAUUGGUAAUUUGCAUAGGAGACAUCCAUGGCUAUCUCUCAAAGCUUCAAAAUCUAUGGUCCAAUCUCCAAACAACAAUAAACCCACAAGAUUUCAACUCAGCCCUCGUAAUCUUUCUGGGUGAUUACUGUGACCGUGGUCCAGACACAAAAAAUGUUAUUGAUUUCUUAAUAAAGUUACCAUCUUUAUACCCAAAUCAAAAGCAUGUAUUUUUAUCCGGUAAUCACGACCUUGCUUUUGCUGCCUUUCUGGGACUGUUACCUGAGCCUGGAAACGGGGUGUCGUUUCAAGAAGGGUGGAAGGAGUAUUCAAGGAAUGAGGAUAGAGAGGGAUGGUAUAGAGGAGUUGGGUAUGAAAAUAUGUAUUUGCAGGGGAGGAGAUGGGCUGGGAGAAUUAAGGAUAGGUUUAAUGAGGCUAAAGGAACUGAAUAUAAGGGUUCUAUUUAUGAUGGUGCUCCCACUUUUGAAUCCUAUGGUGUUCCUCAUGGUUCUCCUGAUUUGAUGAAGGCCGUUUCUGAUGAACACAAAAAGUUUCUCGCCAAUCUCGUUUGGGUUCAUGAAGAGGAAGAUGUGUGCAUAGAGAAUGAAGAGGGAAUUACACAUUGUAGAUUGAUCGCUGUUCACGCUGGUUUAGAGAAAGGGAAAAACAUUGACGAGCAGCUGAAGAACCUAAAAGCCAAAGAUACUAAGGUGCCGAAGAUAGAGGCUCUUAGUGGGAGGAGAAGUGUGUGGGAUAUCCCAAAGGAUUUAACCGAGAAGCCAACCAUAGUAGUAAGUGGCCAUCAUGGGAAACUUCAUAUUGAAGGGCUUAGAUUGAUUAUUGAUGAAGGUGGGGGGCUAGAGAACAAUCCUGUUGCUGCAAUUGUGCUUCCUUCAAUGAAGCUUGUCCGCGACACUGACAAUUUGAAAUAAUAUUCGAUUUUAUGAUCGAUGGAUUAUAUAUAACGAAAGUAUCUUGAGGCUUUCCAGAUUUGGCCAUGGAUUUCAAUUCCUUAGUUACUAGCUCUGUUCAUGGAUUUUCUUGGUAAGCUGUUUGAGUAUAGAUUAAAUAAUGAUGUUCUUUUAUGUAAUUUCUGUAAAUUAUUUCAAGCAUAUGCAAUUACAAGGAAAUACCUUCUAACAA